GUCUAGAAGACAUCCUCUCAAAAUGGCUCAAGAGGAGCAGAGAGAGACGUCACAACAAACCGCAGCCAGUGAAGAAGAGAAAGGGACAUCAAACCAGACUUCUCCUUUAGUGAUUGAGAUUCAUGACUCUACAACUGAAUGUGAGGAAGAAGUGAGACCCAAUCAACUGCAGAUGGAGGAGAAGUCAUUUGUGUCAAAUCUGCACUCUUUUAUGAAGGGCAGAGGUACACCUAUAGAAAGGAUUCCACAUCUGGGCUUCAAACAGAUUAAUCUUUGGAUGAUUUACAAAGCCGUUGAGAAACUGGGUGGUUAUGAUUCAGUUACAGCGCGACGUCUUUGGAAGAAAGUGUAUGACGAGCUGGGAGGAAGUCCAGGCAGCACCAGUGCUGCUACCUGCACUCGAAGACACUAUGAGAGGUUGGUGCUGCCCUUUGAGAGACACAUAAAAGGAGAAGAGGACAAACCUUUGCCUCCAAGCAAACCACGGAAGCCAUAUAAGAGAAAUUUGGAUGGCAAGGUCAACAAGGCUGAGGGGAAGAGGAAAAGGACUCAGUCGGAUAGAGAGAUUGAUUCUGAGUUACUCACACAGAGGAGUCCAGAGGCUGCCUGCCAAAGUGAAGCAGGGAUGCACCCUCACUCCGCUCUCUGGCCGGCCACCUCUGACAGACACCAUCUGGACUGCUCUCAGCCAAGUCGAGCGGCCCCCGAUCUUUGCUCUCCUGUCUUUGCAUGUUCCCACCGUCUCCAGGUCCCUGCAACAAGCCCCUGGACUGCUCAUAUCCCCUCAGCAGCUGGAGAGGUCAUUUCUCCUCUGGAGAAAAAAAAGCGAAUGGCUCAGGCCAGCCUCAGCUUGCCCCUGAGCCCACAGGGUGAGGAUAAAGAAAGGCCCUCUGUCAUCCACUGCUCUCAGUCUCCAGCUUGGGCUUCCUCCAGCCGGAACUGCAACUCCUCUGAUGGCUCCCCGUUGCCCUUAUCCUCCUCUUCUUCCCGCAGCCCUUCCCCUUACUCUGUUUCAUCAGAGGACAGUCCAGCAGGUAAUGAAGAUAAACCUGCAUCAAGCUCAGAAUUGUCAAUAAACUAUUCCAACACUGUGAAAAACACAUCUAGCUCUAGUGAGGACAGCAAGUCUCUGAGCUGCAGUCAGACAUCUAAAGAUCCUGCAGGACAGAACAAAGACGUUUCUCAAGUCAGCUCCACAGAUUCACUUAAAGGCCAGAUUAAAGACUCUGCCUUGAAGUUAAUCCACAAAGGGAGUGCCAAAAACUUCACUCAGGCUUUUCACUCAUCUUUCACCGUUAAGUCUGACUGGGCCCCAACGUCUACCUCUAGUUUCUCCAAAGUUAUUCCAAAAUCUGUACAACUUCUGCGCCCUGCUCCUAUUCGGCCAGGUUAUAAAAUCCACCAGAGUAGGUUGACGCAGCAGAGCGACUCUCUGAAUUGUGCAAAGAAGAUGAACAACAUGGCUCCGUGGCUUUAUCCAACAGAGAAGAGGGAGAAAUCCAGGACAAUGCAACAAAAAGUUCCCCUGACUCAGCAGAGUCUGUCCCAUUCCCCGGCCACUAUGCCAGCGUCGUGCGUCCUGUCGAGCUACGACAGAUCAGGGAGGGACUCUCGGCAUCAACCCUCACUGUACCCCGCAUUUCUCCCCAACAGAAUGAGGCUACCUCAGUCUCAGCUAAUGUAUCGUCACGUCCCAGUGAGUCCAGCUCACACUGCUCUCAUUGGCUCAGCUGUUUACCCAUAUCCCUACUCCUUUCCUAUCUUUAGUCCCCAAACUGGAUAUACCUUACCUGCCAUGAAUCCCAUUUACCCUCACAAGCUGUGAUUCUUUGCAUUUCAACUCCAGAUGUCAGUCAUUUCUACUUGUCAAAAGUUGUCAAAGUUUGUUUUGAUUUUUUAUUUCACCUUUACAUCAAAGGAGGCAGCCCAGCUUUCUAUUGCUCACUGUAAUUUUAGCAGCUUGGAACCUAAACCGUAUGUGUGUUUUAGACAUUAAAUAAAAAAAGCACUUAUGUUGCUAGACACCUGAACAAGGUCAAUUCAAUUCUGUGGGUACACCACUACACCACCCCCCUUUUGGAAACCAGUACUGUAAUGAACUGACUGACUGAAUCUUUUCUGACCAAAACCAAAAUACACUGCAGGGAUGUGAAGUCCGAGCAGUGAUGGUUCUGCAUUAUUUUUUAACUCACAGCAGAACUAUGUAGGAUACUCAUGCAUGUGAUAUUUCUUUGACUGUAAAUUAAACAAUAAGCAUGCAAAGCGAGCAAUGUAAAGGCUACAGGUUGCUAUCACAACUACUGUCUCAAUUCAUAUUGUGUCAAAUCCACAGAUCUUGCACAUUUUUGUCCUCAGUUGCACAAUUUCAGUAGACUUUGUUUUAAAGCUACAAAUGAUUCCAUUGCCCUGUACUGUGAGGUUUGUUGAACAUAGUGAUUCUGUAUAAUACUGUAUGUGCCAUCAAUGCUGGAUAGUUUCAUAGAUAUUUUAUGCAGAUCUCUUUGUCAUUCAAAUGUAUUUAAACUGAUAUUAUAUAAAAACACAAAU